AGAAGGCGUACCACAACAUGACGUUCCUGGGUCAGAAGAUGGGAGGUCAGUCCUUCUUCAGCCGCAAAGACUCCAUCCGCACCAUCUACACCUCUCUGUACAACGAGCUAAGGAAGGUGGUGUCGAUGGGGCGUCACAGCCAGCCGGGCUCCGCCUCCUACCUGGAGGACCUGCUGUCACACCUGUCGGAGCAGCUCUGUCACUUCACGCAGGCUCGCAUGGAGAUGGCCGACCUGUACGAGAAGAUGCACUCACUGGGCGGCCAGAAGAGCAUCAACUCGGAGGAGCUGGUGUCCACGCUGGAGUCCGUCCUGCACAAAUACAGCACCAAGUUCCACCACCCGAUCCUGGGCCGAGUGGAGGAGGGUUUCCAGACGGAGGUCGAUGUGGUGACACAGCUGCUGCGCUGCCAGGCUCAGAUCUCAGAGUGGCAUUUCCUGCCCGCUCUGCUUAGCCUGCAUGCUGCUAACUCCAAGCUAACGGCCUGGGGUCAGCUGUUCCAGCGGCAGAAAGAAACCCGCAAGAAUCUGUUUGGAGGUCAGUCCCAGAAGGCCGUGCAGCCUCCACACCUCUACAUGUGGUUGCAGCGUUUCCAGGCAGCGCUGCUCGCCAAGUUCAGCUUCUACUUCCAUGAAGCCCUGAGCCGGCAGACGCCGCCCACUGACAUGAGAGCCUUGACCGCCCGCACCACGCCAGACUACCACGGCAAGAUCUGCUCCUUCAUCCGCAAACACGACGCCAGCAACGUGUCGCUGGUGUUCGACAACCGCGGCUCAGAAAGCUUCCAGGGACACGGCUACCACCACCCGCACUCCUACAGAGAGGCGCCCAAGGGCGUAGAGCAGUUCCCCGCCGUGGUGUCUCUACCUUCAGGAGAGCGGCCUCUCACACACUGGCCCAACGUCAUCAUGAUGAUGGGAGACCGCGCCGCAGAGCUCAACACUCUGGACAAGGUGACGCACUUCUAUGACGAUAAAGUCCAGAGCACGUACUACCUGACGCGGCCCGAGCCGCACUUCACUCUGGUGGUGAUCUUUGACGGCAGGAAGUCGGAGAAGGAUCUGCACAUUGCUGCCUUCCUGCAGGAGAUCUCCUGCUCCCUGAGGAACUCCAAACCUUUCAGCACCCUCAAACCGGGUUCAAAGGGCUGAGGAGACGACCAAAAACCUUCCAGACCAAAGAAGCGCACUUUCCUCUCUCAACCUUUAUUUCAAAUAGAUUUAUGAUUUUAAUGAUUAAGUUUUAACAUGUUUCCUUUUUACUCUUAAAUAUAUAAAAUCACUGUGUUCAAUAAAGCUUUGAGAUGA